AUCGAGAUGAGUCUACGGAAGCAAACCCCUAGUGACUUCCUAAAACAAAUCAUUGGAAGGCCAGUUGUCGUAAAAUUAAAUUCUGGAGUUGAUUAUCGAGGUGUCUUGGCUUGCCUCGAUGGGUAUAUGAAUAUAGCUCUGGAACAGACUGAAGAAUAUGUAAAUGGACAAUUAAAGAACAAGUACGGGGACGCAUUUAUCCGAGGAAAUAAUGUAUUGUACAUAAGCACGCAGAAGAGGAGGAUGUGAAGAUGCCAGAAGGAGGCUGUUUUGUACUUGUGAACCUCUUUGGAGUGAUGAGCCCUAUUUGAUUUGUAGUUAAUAAUCCACAGGUGAAAUACACAAGUGUUUAAAUAUUUUUUUUAAAUAAAUGUAAACCAGUGUGAACUUUC